AUGUCUCCCACCAUCCCUCAGGCCGUCGUCGGUACCACCAUCAGCUUCUCCUACAUUCUCCUGGGGAAUGCCAUUACGCAGUCCUGGAUGGGCGUGCCGGCACUGUUAGUUGACUUCCCGCACCCUUCGUCGCCAGAACAUGCGGCGAGGGCUCAGCAUCUAGGACGGCAGUGGCCAACGUUCUGGGCCGUGGGCAACAAGUUCUUCCGGCCCAUCAGCACGCUGGGGAUCUUUGGGUACGCGUACACAGCGUGGGCAGCGUCGCAGGGCAGUGGCGGGCUGCGCGGAGACUGGAGGCUGUUCGCCGUAAGCGCUGUGUGCCACCUGGUGACGGUGGUCCACUCGGCAAUCAACAUGCAGCCCAUCAAUGAGAAGUUGGACGGGCUGGGCGACCCAAAGAGCGGGCGGUCGGACGCGUCGCAGGCCGAAGCAUAUGCGCGCACGUGGAUCCGGCGGAACUCGGUGCGGAUUGCGAUGCCGCUGGUGGCGGGCACGGUUGCAUUGUUCCAGGCGCUGAGCGGGUGA